AUGGCUAGCAAAAGAGGGUUCCAAUUGUCAACUGGCGAUACUCCUGGAAAGCCAAAGAGAAAAUUGCCUUCUUUUGAGGGGAAAUCAAGGAAGUCUCUCUUCAGUGACAAGAAGCAAGCAGAAGAAUGCAAGAAAUCUUCAAAACCAUUGCCUUGGUCAAGAGAAGAAACGAGUAUGUUAGUCCAAUAUGUAUGCUUGUUUUGGAAGGAUGCUUGGAACGAUAAAUGGCCCACUACAAAGGAUGAAAGAUUUUGGGAUGGAUGUGCAACUGCAGUAAACAAUGCUUGCAAUGUACAAAGAACAGGUAAAGCUACUGUUCCAUUUUUUUUUGGGGGGGGAGGUGUUUUUAUAUAUGGCCUGGACAAAAUUAUAAGACCUGUUUGACUAAAUACAAUUAAUUAUGAUCCCAGGUGAUAUGCCAACGUUCAUUUCAUUUAUGAUUUGGUAUUUCUUUUUAGGUACUUCGUGUAGAGCUAGAGUCUUAAAAAGCUUGGCUAAAGACUACAAAACACUAAGUAUUGCUGAAGAAGAGUUUGAUAUUCAGUAUGUUCUCCAUUCAACACCCAGUACUAAUUUUGUGCCUUCAAGUCCUGGUGAUAUUUCGAACUUCAAUAACCAUCUUUCCCCAAUAUUUAAAGAAUCACCAUGCAGGAAGAAGUCUGAUAGUGUUUUGGAAAAACAAAGUGUUGGUGAUACCGUCCAAGAUUUUAUAACAGACUUUAAGUCUGUUAUGUCUCAAAGGCUAAGGGAACAAGUACUUAACUAUUUGUACAAACUUCUUGUUAUCGAACAUGGGGGGAUGUCUUUAUUCCAGUUUGUGAAUGCAGAUUUUUUGGGAAAAAGCUUGAAAGCAAUGAAAACAUUGUUUGAAGAUGGUAAAAGAAAUCUUUUCUACAGUAUGGCAAAGUGUUUUGAGAGGCAUAGUGAUCAUGAUGAUGGAGAAAAGCUAGGCACUAGAAUGCCUUUGAAUCGUAUGCCAUUUGGAUUAAUUGAUUAUAAUUUAAGAUUCUUUGCUGCUGAUAGUUCACAGAAACUUUUUAUUGAGGAUCAUUAUGUUCAAUGGCUUGCAACAAUGUUCGCACAUUUUGGUCACAGGUGGAUGUGCUUACAUCGGGGUCCUUAUUGGCAGUAUGAAGUGAGAGAAGAUGAAUGUUCUACAUCAGGAAUUGAAGAAAGUAAACCAUCACAAGGAAAUAUUAUACAGGAUGCUCUGAAACUAAGUGGCAUAGAUAUCUCUUCAACUGAUUAUGAUAUUGUUGGGAAUGAACAAGUGGAAGGUGAUGCACUACAUACUUAUGCAAUUAAUUUAGUGGUGUUGGCCAAUCUUAAAAGGGUAGCCAUGGAUAUAUUACCUCCUGUAGGAUGUUUUGCAACAUACAUAGCCUGUGAACAGGCGUUUAUAGGAGACCUACCUGAAUAUACAUCUGUUUGCAGGCUACAACAUAAAGUGCUUACUGUGUUAACUCAUACACUGAAAAUACUGCUUCUUCCACUGAUAUAUUGUAAUUUGAACCUUCCCUUUUUAUCAGCAUAAAUAGCACUCAUGGCCAGAAUUAAUUAGUAACUUUUUCAAACAAAUUAACAUAAUUUUCUACCAAUUUUUAGAGAAUAAUACACAAGAAACUGAACAUGAACAAAUCAUGGCAACCACAACAUUAGGAAUCAGUGAAUCUGAAAAGGAAUUUAAUAGAUCCAAAAGUGAAAUUAUUGACCAACCUGUGUUUCCCGUCCUGCUACCAUCACAUGAAACAUGUAACAAUGAGAUGCCAGAUGCAUUGUCCAAUCAAAAUUCAAUGGAGGAUUAUUAUGGUACAGGUUGACAUGUACUGUAAUUAUAAUCCCAGGUUUGAUGUGCAGUGUCAUCAUAAUAUGUGUGCAAUGUCAAUUUGCACAUAUUGGUUAAAAUAUGUAUCAAUUGUAUAUCCAAAAUUCUUACCUAAUAAGCAUCACUUCUCAAACUCCCCCUUUUAUAAUAAACUGCACAUCAUUAUUCACUAUUAUUACUCGCCUUUUUAUCAGCACAAUUGGCAAUCAUGGGCAGAAUUAGUAAUCUUUUUCAAAUGAAUUAUUGUGUAAUAUAAUUUUCUACAAAUUUUUAGAGAAUAAUACACAAGAAACGGAACAUGAACAAGUCAUGGCAACCACAAGAUUAGGAAUCAGUGAAUCUGAAAAGGAAUUUAAUGUAUCCGAAAGUGAAAUUGUUGAACGACAUGUGUUUUCCCUGUGGCUGCCAUCACAUGAAACAUGUAACAAUGAAAUGCCAGAUGCAUUGUCCAAUCAAGAUUCAAUGGAGGAUUAUCAUGGUAUUAAACCCAAUGUUAAGAAGCAGACAAAUGUUAACCCAUGGAAAUUUAAUACUCUGAAGGUGAUGUAUCUGCUCCCUCAUAUACACUAGUACAUAUUGUAUUGUUUGUUCAAAGAGAGUGACAGAAAUUAGAAGUAUGUUUAAAUAUAUGCUAUGAAACAAUUUACACAAAAAACAUAGUCCAAAUAGUAUGCCCAUCAGUGGCGGCGGAACAGGGGGGGCCUAGGGGGGUAUAAGGGGGAAAAUUUGCAACAUUUUGUUUAAAAAAUGUUUAUGCCCAGAAAAAAUUUUUGUUAUAGGUCCGGGAAAAUUUUUAUCAUCGCCUUUUUUGUAUGUUUCUGGAAAAAUUUUUUGGUGUGUAUGUUCGAAAAAAAAGUGGCGACGGGGGGGAGGGGACGGAGAAAAUUUUAAUCCCCCAAAAAAAUUUAGCCCCCCCCCCCAAAAUAAAAUAUGUUCUGCCUCCCCUGAUGCUGCCAUUUUUAAGAAAAUGAAAAUACCAUUCUGAAUGUCAAAACAAUUUUAAUCUCUUAUUCUCUUCAAUUUCUAGAGUAAGGUGAAUGUUGCAAGUGUUGGUGUGAGGACAAUCCAGAUGCACGUUGCCAACACAAAUUUUACAAAAACUGUUGAUGUUCAGGUAAUAAGUAAUUUUGAAAGAACAUACAAUGCUGUGAUAAUAAACAAUAGUUCAUUUAUAAAUACUUUUGGCUUGGUGGUGGUGCUGGUGGGGGGGGGGGGGUACAUUUUAAUGUAUGUACAUUAAACACAGUCCCUUUUGGCCAUACUGUACAUUCAUCAUAUUUUAAUUAUUUUCCAUCUCAACUUAUUUAGGUGGAAGCCCUUAAACAAGUGAAGAAAAACCAUCCCAGCGGUAGGUGGUGGAUUAAAGCUGAUGCAUGUGAUGUGCGAUCGGGAUUAAGGGAAAGUGUAAAAGGCAAAUGGUCUGGAGAUGAGGAUCUUGGCACUGGGGAAUUGCAGAAGCUAUAUAAGGAAUACAAUGAAAGAUGUAAAUCUGUGCAACAAAUGAAUGUUUUAUCACAAGGAUUUGACAAACUAAAGUUAGCAUUUCAAAGUGACUUGCACUUCCUUGACAUUCAUGGAACAUUGGCUAAGGAAGUAUACGAGAAAGCUGUUGAUGUACCUGGCAAAAAACAGUCAACCAUGAUGGAGUUAGCAUGGAGUUUAACUGGAUUUGAGACACUAACCAAACAGGCAAACGAAUUUGUUAAUGAGUUAAGUUCAUUUACUUUGGACAUGUGCAAUGGCCAACGAGGUAAAGUACAAAAGAGCUUGAUAUCAUUCAAAUCCAGAGUUUUGGAAUAUCUUCAUGGCUGUAUACAAAGAAAAGAACAUCAGUUAUUUUAUUUCAAAACAAGACAUGUACACUAGCUUGGGCACAUUGUAUAUUAAUUAACCCGUUUAGCAGCAAUGCGCCCUACUUUUUUUUUCUACUUGUCUAACGCCAAGACGAUUUUACUCGUCAAUAGGGAAGCUCUGCUGCUUAAUGGGCCGGUUAAUGGUUAACAAGACAUGUUCAACUUGCCAGAUUGUUUGGUUAACCACAUAAUGUACAAGGCUCUACAUCUGAUGAGUAAAAUUAUUCAAUAUUAAAAUAUCAUUUUUUUUAUUUUUGCAGGAUUCACCACUGAUGGAGAAUUCAACUCCCUGCGGACGCAAGGACGUAAUAGACCAAUAUCCAUUGUUGAGGUUAUUAAAGAAGCAAGAAGGCUCGUUAAGUCCAUCAAGGCAGAGGACAUACAGAAAAUGUUUACAUUGGACCAAAAUGGUAAGCAUUUUGUAUUUUGCAGUGCACAUAAAUAUGAAAGCUCUGGCAAGAUUCUUUGGACACACCUAUAUAAUGAAUUUAUUUUAGAAUACACACAAAAGGUUUUGAAGCCUUGCUUCAAUGAAUUCUGUAUACUGUAUUUUGUGUGUGUAGUUUUUUGUGGAAAACUUCACAAGUAUUAAUUUGGCAAAUCUUUCGGGACAUAAGCGCAAUUACUGCACUUGUACCUAAUUUAAUGUAAACAUGUUAACCACAAGUAAUAUCGCCCCAACAUCUCAUGUAGUAGCAAAAUAAAAAUUUCAACAUCAUCAGACGAUAAUACCCUUGAAUGCUCUGGUUUGGAUAUUAAUUUAAUUAACCUACUAUAUUUAUGCUCCUUAUCAGAAAACGUAAAAAUUGGCUCAUACCUACUGAAACAAUUUCAAAAAUAAUAUUUGUAGAUUGUAAUUUUAAUUAGGGUGUAUUUCAUUUAGGACAACCACUUAAACAUCAUUGUGCAAUUCCCAUUUGUGAUUUGAACUGGUUGCAAGAAUUUAUGACAAGUAGCAAAUUGACGUUGGCACAGGCCUGCUAUAUUUUGAGGUGGACACUGUUCCCAUUUCAACAUAAUCCAUGUCCAUGGGUGAAAGGACGGGGUGAAACGACAGUUGAAGUAUUACGAUCUAUCUUGGUCACAUAUGUUUUCCGAAUGGAAGUGAAUAAGUUAAAGGAUAUGCCAGAAGAUCCCGCCGACUUCACAUGUAACCUUUAUCAACCGGAGUUGGAUGAUGAAGGAUUGGAGUUUGUUCAUCAUAGGGAGGAUCAUAAUCACCUCCUCAAACGCAUAAUUUCAUGUCUUAGAGAAGGUCUUAUUCCUGGGGUAGACACAAGGUACUUAAGGGAUGCAUUGCAUGAUCCAUCAACAGGGCUGAGUAUGAAUCUUAACAGGGAAAAACAAGCAAUCAGUUCCGGAUUGUGA